AUGGACCUAAUUUAUAGUAAUGACCUCUUUGUUUGCAAUAUCGAAAAUACACCAACGUUCGAAGCCGUCACCCGCGGCCGGGUACGUUCGUCGAUAGUCGACAUUACAUUGGCCUCGGGUUCCAUUCUGGAAUACAUAUCCGACUGGAAGGUUAAUUUAGAGGCAUGUCCAUCCUCCCAGCACAACGCAAUAGAAUUCCAUAUCAAUUAUUCACACGCACACACACAGAUACACGCCAUCUCUUCUCCUGCCGAACAGACAAACAACAGACCCACAUCCACAUUUUUGUAUAAAUCAAACAAAGCUUGUUGGCCUCUUUUCAAAGAAGCUCUUCACCUACGCAUGACUAUGUCAAAUGUCCUUGACAUAGAUAUUUCAUCUCUGAGUCCUGAAGGGUUAGAGGAGGUUAUCGACAGGGUCAGUGACAUCAUCAACUCCGCUUGUCGCUACAGCAUGCGUAUUGCAGGAAGGGGAGCAAAAUACAAACCACCGUGGUGGACUGAGGAACUGGAGGCCCUUAAACAGGAGGUUAUUAACACUCAUCGCAUGACUCACUUACACAAACACCGCAAUGUGCCUCUGGAUGAUCUGCUGAUAAAGCUAGCUACCAAAAAAACAGAAUACUCUAAUAAAUUAAGAUAUGAAUCAACUAAACACUUUAAGGAGUUCUGUAAUCUUCAGACAAAAGAAAAUGUGUGGUCACUGACAAAUAGGCUUCUAAAAGCAAACGGACUAAGACGGGCCCCAGUCACCUUGAAUCUGGGUAAUGGGUACACUAAUAACGCAAUAGAAACAGCCGAUGCUAUUUUAAACCAUUUUUAUCCUCACGACCUACCUGAUACAGAACCCAGACACCAUCAACUCAGAAAUUUAUUCAAUACUCUCCCACAUACACAGGACGACCCACCUUUCUCUGGAGCGGAGAUACUGGAAUAUCUUAAACAAAUGAACUCGAAUAGGGCCCCGGGUGUAGAUAACCUUACGUCUGACAUAUGCAGCCAAUUUGCUAGUGAUUAUACUAAAUUGCUUACGGAUAUAUUUAACCGAUGUUUAUCGCUACGGUAUUUUCCAAAACAGUGGAAAGUCGCUUAUGUAAAAAUUAUUCCCAAACCGGGAAAGAUGGGCUGUAGAGAGCUGAGUUCAUUUCGCCCAAUAGGCCUCUUGCCUGUAUUUGGCAAGGUGUUGGAAACGCUGUUUAUUAAACGAGUAACACACUGGGCUGGAGUCAAUAACAAAAUCAACAAUAAACAAUUUGGCUUUACUAAACAUAAAAAUAGUACACAGGCUAUCAAUACUGCUCUUAAAAUUAUUAAACAAGCCAAAGAGAAUAAGAAAUUAGGUAUCGCUGUCUCACUAGACAUCAGAGCAGCCUUUGACAAUGCCUGGUGGCCGUCUCUUUUACAACGACUGCGGCAUAUUGGCUGCCCUGUCAACAUUUUCGGACUCAUAGACAAUUAUGUUCGCGAUCGUGAAGUGCUACUUGACUACGCGGGUGUGCGUGCCUCAAAAAUAAUGUCUAAGGGCUGA